UUUUACUUUGUUUUGCUUUGGGACAAUGGAAAAUUCUAAGGUAUAUCUCAAUAUCUCAAUGACAUAUGUGCCCUUCACAGCAACUCCGCUGGACAAGCUGGAAGAUACUUACUCAACUGACGGAUAUGAUGAAUAUGAGGACAAUACAAAAAUGGCAGAUAUGUUCCAUUACAUUUCAAUAGUGAUCUAUUCUGUGGCCUUUCUUCUGGGGACAACUGGAAAUGGUCUGGUCAUCUAUUUUACCGCCUUUAAGAUGAAACGGACAGUCAAUGUUGUGUGGUUCCUUAAUUUAGCCAUAGCUGACUUUAUCUUCACAUUCUUCUUGCUUUUCAGCAUUGUCCAUAGCGUCCUUGAUUUUCACUGGCCUUUUGGGAAAUUCAUGUGCAUGCUUAACACAGCUAUUAUAUCCAUCAAUCUAUAUGCCAGCAUCUUCCUGCUCGCCAUGAUCAGCAUUGAUCGUUGUACAUCAGUAAUGUUCCCUGUUUGGUGCCAGAAUCACCGAACUCCUAGAGUGGCCUCCUUUGCAGCCCUGGCAGUUUGGAUUCUAGCAUUCCUUUUCAGUUUACCAUAUUUUAUAUUCAGAGAUACCAGAGAGACCACUUUUAACAAUGCUAUUACCUGCUUUAGCAACUUUCACGAAGAUCCUGAUGUUGUCAAGUCAAUAUACAAGGGCAUGAUCAUAUUACGACUCAUCUUUGCUUUCAUCAUUCCGUUCUCUCUAAUUAUCUUGUGUUAUGUAAUAAUUAUGUUCCGCAUCCAAAGAAAUCGCAUGAAGACAUCUAGCAAGCCAUUUAAAAUUAUUUUAGCUGUUAUAAUUUCAUUUUUCAUCUGCUGGUUUCCUUACCAUGUCUUCUCCUUUGUGGAGUUGUCUGCAAUGUAUCCUGGCAAUGAGCAUCUGAAUAAUGUGAUACGCAUUGGAAUACCUCUUACCACCAGUUUGGCCUUCAUUAACAGCUGCAUCAACCCUGUUCUCUAUGUGCUUAUGGGGCGAGAUUUCAAAACAAGAUUACGCAAAUCUUUCCGGUCAGUGCUUGAAAAAGCUUUCAUGGAGGAAAGUGUUCCAGCAAGCUUCAGGAGUAAAACCAGGUUAACCAGGUCAACCUUGGACUCUGAGCAGGUGUAAACUGAAGCCACAUCCACAAAUGAAGAUAUAUUGUCAUAGGCUAAGGGGACAUGAGCUCUUUGGCUUUUUUCAGGAUAAUUUGAUUUGUUUUACUUAUGUUUCCAGGAUUAAAUAAUCUAUCCUUGUAAUUACUGUAAUUCCAAAUAAGUAUACCUGUCUAUGUUUGUUAAAGAGGGCAGCAGUAAUUCGCCACAAUACUAGAAUACCAGUUUUGGUUAAAUUCAGCUGAUAAAUCCUUUGCACUCCAAAUACCUGGAAACAUAUCUGGACAUGCUGACUAUUGUUUUUGAACCUUUCAAUAUGCAAGUCAUUUUCUGGUUUAGGGUCAAUGACUUUACCUUUUCAGCCUUGGGACUUCCCAAUAUCUCACAUCCCAUACAUUGCCUAUUUGGUUUCUUUGUUGAUUAACCCAUUUCUAAACAUGCCAAAACUUUACUAUGAAUACUUUACAGUUGGAAGGGAUCCUCUUCUCCUUCCCUUUGGGCUUGGAAAAAACAGGACAAUCUUCCAACUUUGAAAGAUUAUUCAAACUUACUUGUGAUCUUUGCAAAAAAACUGCAGGUCUUUGAUAAAAGAGGACGAUAAAAAAUGGUGUGGAUGGGUUUCACAAUCAGGUAUGCUUGUUUCUCUGGAUCCAGGAUCCUGAUUAGCCCACACUCUACAUAUAUUUGAAUGGUUACUUAUUGUGACCUUUUUUCAGUUUUCAUUUUAGGACAUUCUAUGUCUAUAAUGUAUUUCUGUAAAGAGAUGUGAGAGACUA